CCGAGUCAAAUGACGUAUAGCUGGCAAGCCAAAAAAAAUUGGGUUUCGGUGUGGCAGUUUGGCUCCAUGUUGCUUUUGCGUGGGGUACAGGAUCACCACCGCAACACCUUUUUGCGCACCUUGUGAUCAUACUGCCUACUCCAUGAGUAUGUCGUUGACCACAAGACCGACAGCUGUCCUUGAAAUUCCUUAUAUCCUCGUCGGAACUGCUGUCCCUCCUCCACCUCGACUGCCUUGAGAUUUCCGUUGCUUCACCACACCGACCACACCGACCGGAUUCCUCCCCAACGUAGUCUCUCAAGCAUGUUUUUCCUACUCCGCUACACGAUUUACUUCCUUGUAGGCUACAUAGCCACCGCCGCGAUGUUGUUCGGUCUUUACACCUACCUGCCCAACCCUCCCCGAGUCCUCGGCUUCAUUGCCCGCACCAUGUCCGCCUACAUGAGUCUGAUUGUGUGCGCAGCCUACGGGACCAUCGCCUCGGCUAUACUCAAACCUCUGGGCCUAGAAUAUGCAUACGCGCAGUGGAGCACAGGGAAGGUAUUCAAAUACUUAGGCAUGUACACCAUGGGGAUCAAAUUCGACAUCUUGGGCAAUGGUGUGGAGAUCCUGAACAGCAACCGGCCCGCCGUGUUCAUCAUGAACCACCAAACCGAACUGGAUGUCUUGCUCCUCGGCUGCAUCUGGCCCCAGUACUGCUCCGUCACAGCAAAGAAAUCUCUACGCAACAUGCCAUUCCUGGGCUGGUUCAUGACUCUGUCUGGUACAGUCUUCAUCGAUCGCGUGGACAGAAGUCAAGCCAUGAAGGCAUUCGAGGGUGCUGCGACGGCAAUGAAGGUGAAGAGACAGAGCGUCCUCAUCUUUCCGGAGGGUACGAGGAGUUACUCCGCCGAGCCUAUGCUGCUGCCUUUCAAGAAGGGAGCUUUUCAUCUCGCGGUCCAGGCGGGCGUACCGAUUGUUCCAGUGGUGGCAGAGAACUACAGCUCUGUAUUGAAUAUCAAGGCUCGAAGAUUUAACAGCGGAACCAUUCGAGUGAAAGUACUCGAUCCAAUUUCUACCAAGGGUCUCACACCUGCCGAUGUCGACAAUCUAACACGAGAUACGCGCGAGAAGAUGCUGAACGCGAUCGUAGCUAUGGGACAGGACAAAGAAUCGUUAUCAGUCAACUCCAAGAAGGACUCGUAGGCUUUGAAGAUUGGUCAACUCCCUUUCUUUCCAUCGACAUCGUCGCUCAGUUUCCGGCAAGAUUUGUGGUAAACAGCAUGAGGCUCACUGAUCAUGGCUUCUCCAUGCC